AUGACCACCAAUGCGACUCGUCGCGUGUCGCAUCCGCCUUCCCCGGCGACCAGCAUCCUCCUUUUCCUCGUCGCAUUCCGUAUCCUCAAUGCCUUCGUCGUCCGCACAUUCUUCCAGCCCGAUGAAUUCUUCCAGUCGCUGGAACCCGCCUGGCAGAUUGCCUUUGGCCAAGGUGAAGGGAAAGACCGGGGCGCCUGGGUGACGUGGGAAUGGGAACACCAGCUCCGAUCCUCUCUACACCCCUUCCUCUUUGCCGCCAUCUACAAAGUCAUCGACCUUCUCGCUUCCGCUCUCAGCCUCCCAGCCGCGACGCGCGCGGACCUCCUGAUCGCCGGCCCCAAGAUCGCGCAGGCCGUUGUGUCGGCAAUCGGCGAUUUUUACACGUGGAAACUUGCGAGUCGGGUCUACGGAACUGACUCUCGCGGCGCUUGGACUGCGUUGAUCGUCACCGUCCUCAGUCCGUGGCAAUUCUUUUGCUCGACGCGGACCUUGUCGAAUUGCUUGGAAACGACUCUAACAAUUGUCGCGUUGGACCUGUGGCCAUGGAAAUGGUCAGCAGGCGCUGUAUCCGAUGAUGAACUCAGCAAGAGUGCUACCGAGAGGGGCAGGGCCGAAAAUCAGAAGCUUCUGUGGAGGUACGAGAAUCACCAAAUUCAAUCGAAGCAGCCGCUGACCCGCAUCGCAUAUAGUCUACGCCAAUGUCUGUGCCUGGCAGCUUUCGCCUGUAUCCUCCGACCCACCAAUAUCUUGAUCUGGGCGACCCUGGCUAGUGUCGCUUGGGUUCGGACAUUCUGGCUGCAGCGCAAAGUCCUUGUGCGCGAAACCCUGCUUUGCGGUUCCGCGGUUCUUGCAGUGACCGCCGUUUCAGAUCGUCUCUUCUAUGGGUUUUGGACUUUCCCUCCGCUUCGAUUCCUGUACUUCAACCUUGCCCAGUCACUGGCAGUCUUCUAUGGCCGGAACAGAUGGGACUACUACAUCACUGAGGGCUAUCCACUUUUGCUCACCACUGCGCUGCCGUUCGCCAUUGUCGGUCUCUAUCGCACCUUGAAGAUUCGAGCGUAUUCUCCCGCCGACCAAGUGCAGACAACGAUCCGAGUACAGCUGGCGACAGUAUGCCUUGUGAUGCCAUUUGUCCUGUCUCUGAUUGCCCACAAGGAGGUGCGCUUCAUCUACCCUUUGCUCCCAUCGCUGCACAUUCUCGCUGCGCCGCCUCUCGUACAGUAUUUCUACCCAGCUGUAUACUCGCGGUCGUCUCGUCACACUCCUCAGAGACUUGCUCUCCUCUUCCUCGUAUUUGCCAACCUGGUGAUCGCUUUUUAUACCACCGUAUACCAUGGUUCAGGAGCUUUGGAUGUCCUGACUUACCUCCGCAACCAACAUGACAGACAUGCUGCGGACGGACGAGAUACACCUUAUAGCCACUUGGUGGGCACCAUCCCCGAGCCAGGGAUCACAGCAGGCUUCUUGAUGCCUUGCCACAGCACACCUUGGCGCUCGCACCUCGUCUAUCCCUCCAUCAAUGCAUGGGCACUGUCCUGUGAACCCCCGGUCGACUUCAGCGAGGAGGAGAAAGCCGUGUACCGCGACGAAGCAGACCAAUUCUACGAUGACACGAGUCAAUUCCUCCGCAAACACAUGGUCGGUGGCCUCCACCGUAUUCCCCGACGACCCAGCUACGUUUUAGGCUCCAUGUCACUCUCCACGCCCGUCAACCCAAACCAACACCAGUGGCCAGACUACCUCAUCUUCUUCGCCCAGCUCGAGCCAACCCUUCACAGCCUCCUCCGCGCAUCUUCGUACGGCGAAUGUUGGCGAACUCACAACACUCACUGGCACGACGACUGGCGCCGCCACGGAGACAUAAUCGUCUGGUGUCUCGACCCAAGGGAACAAGAUUCCUGGCGCACCGAGACUCGUCGACGUGAAACAGAGAGCCUAGACCACCAAUUCGACCGAAUCGUCGAAGCAAUCAAGAAAGAAGCCCUAGGCCAACGAAAGCGCACAUGGCAAUCCUUCAUUCCAUCCCUGUCCAAGCCCUCUUCAUCUUCAACCUGGACAACCUGGAACCGCUCCGCCAAGUCCCUAUUCGCACCCCAAUCUCCAAGGACAUGGCCCUGGACCACCCGUUCUCGUAUGGAUACAUUCUUAUCAAGAUUCCGCAAACCAAGCCCCGUCGUUCGGACCUGGAUUCCUUCUUUGCCUUCUUGGAAUUCUCUACCUUCACCUUCGUGGCCUUCUUGGCCUUCUUUUUUGGGAGGUGAGUCGAAAACCAAGCACAUCCCAGCCCGCGACUUAUGGUCAUGA